AGAAAAUUCUCUCACUUUUGUUUUCUAUUUUCCCGCCAUUCUUAUGCGGAUAAAAUCCAGCUAACUUCCUGUUUGGAUCUCGAGAAAAUUCACCAGAAAGAAAAGGAUUCAAAUGCUUUAACAGCUUCGAAUUCAAAAAUGGAGUUCGAGAAGACUGCUUCACUUAAACAAGCAAAUUGUCACGCAUCCCAUGCCAAUCGGCACGGCCGAUUUAAGAGUUCUCAUUUCUUCAUUUCUGUAUAUUUCAACUUCACGUUUUCUCUCGUUUAUUGCUACAAUUUUCAAAAGAAUUCUGUUUAUUCAUCGAAGCUCUUUCCGGUUUAAUGCUUAUACGGAUCUUCAGUAUCACUAUUUUUGUGCAUUUUUUGGUUACACUCGGUAUGAUUCACUCACCAAAUUCCUGAUCCUUUUCGUUAUGGUGUCUUUCUCUCCAAGCAGGGUCCCUGACCAGUUUAUAUUAGAAUUAUUUGGUGAUUGUUUCUUCUUCUUUUAGCAUGAUAGCAACACGUGGGCUUGAUUUACAAAAGAAUUGUGUUCAUGGCUCUGGUUCCUAUAUAUAAAUCAGCUCAAAGGGAGAUUUACAAAAGAAUUAUACAGGAAUGUGCAACUAGCCUGCUCACUGCACAUUCAGAUAUGUUGGUUAAUGUUAGUUGUUAUCAAGUUUGUGCUAUAAGUUUCUCUUUACUAUCAAUUCUUGCAUUUUAAUAUUUAUUUUUGGUUACCAUCGAAGAAUGUUUGAGUUGAGAGAGAAUUAACCGUUCAGUAUACAUUGAAUGGGCACUGUAAGAUGUACCAUUCGCUUUUCGAGUGGUCAACAACUUGUUACUUGGCCAGCUAAGAAGCAUAUUUUUUGUUCUUUAUUUAUUUAUUGUUAUUGUUAUAAUAAUAAUUUUGCUAUGCUAUAUAUGCAGUUUGAAAAGUAUAGAUACAUGACAGUGCGACUAGCAGAUGGAAACAUUUAGUCAAAGCUGGAGAUACAACUGAAUAUGCUGAAAGCCAAACCUUUAUGUUGACUAAGGUUUCAUAUGAACCUAUGGAAUGGCAUAGCUUCGGUUCUUAUCACUUUGGACUCAUUAGAAGCUGUUCUAGAGUCAUAUUUUAAGUAUUGUGCCUAAAAAGGGAACAGUCAUACCAAAUGCAGAAUGUGAAGCCUAACGUAUGGGACUACUAUUUUGUGUUGAUGAAAGAUGGUGGUAUGAAAGGAUGAUUUCCUUUGUCUCUUUCUUAAUGAAAUUUGACAAGGCUG